AUCAAAUAGGCAACGCCCAUAAGGGAGUACAACAUCAUCUUGUGUGUGUUUGUGUGUGUACUCUUCUAGUCUCUCUCUCUCGCUCUUAGUUUGAAAGCCACUGGGGAAGAGAGGAGAGAGAUAGGCCCGUAGAAUGGACGAUAAGGGAGCCGUCGCCUCUCUUGCCCUACACGCCGUUAUAGAGCCAAUAUUCAAGGACCUUGAACUGGAAGACAGGAACAUAGCUGCCGUACAAACCUUACGCUCCGCUUUCACGAAAGCCGAGAAAUGUCACCCAGGACUUUCACAGCAGUUUCUGGGCGGAGUCUUAGAUGCCGAGGGUGUGGUCUUGAAUCUACACGAGGUCCUGUUGCGUCUUGCUGGUUCCGAGUGUCCUGAGUAUGUGAUAUCGGCCGAUAUUGUCGAGUUUCAGUUAUUACAAAAGAAGGCUACGACAUUAAAGAUUAAGUUAAGUCAUAUACCUGAUCAGAUACAAGACAGAUCAGAAUUCCUUCAGACAAUAAGAGACAUAGCUAGUGCUAUUAAAGAAGUCCUUGAUGCUGUCAACGAAUUAUCACAAAACCAUCAGGACUUACCUAGAAUGUCAGAAUACAAAAAGACGCUUGAUAAUCAAAAGCGAGUUUUUGUAAGAAGCUCAAGGAGCUUUAGCGAUACACUGAAGAAGUACUUCAAGGAUGGAAGAGCUGAACACGUGUACAUUAGUGCCAAUCGGCUCAUCAAUCACACAAACACACUCUUAGCAACUUAUAAAUCCAUCAGUAGUUAGUGUGGGCGUGUCAGGCACGCCCACUCAAACAUGGCGGCACCAUUAGACACCGCUAAAACAUUUUUGUAUCAUUUAUGGAAUUCUUUUCAUUUAUUAUAAUUAAGAAUUAUUAUUAUAAUUGCUUUUUGUCGUACGCAUCCAUUAUUUUGUCUUUUAUUAAUAAUAAUAAUAUUAA